AUGGCAGCACGAGGGAGAUGGACGCUGGGACCGACCCAUAUCUGUGACCUGGCUGCCUGGAGGGUUUGCUUUGGGCCAGGCGCAGCAGUGCUGAUGGCGAAGAACCCAGCAGUCCGAGCAAUAAAACGACUGAAGAGGCUCUUCCACACGGCCAUUGGAAGUGUUGUGCAGGGAAGCGCCACGCUAGUCCAGCGCCUGCAGACGGGCUUGAUCGCCAACGGGUUUGAGUGGUGCGAGAAGCCUGCGGCCGUUUCUGCGGCCCAAGCAGCAUUUGGUGCUACCGGCUGGACUGCCAGCAUGUUUCACUCCCGGCUGCUGGCGAUGAGUGCCCCUAGCGGAGAGGUGUGGAUCACCGUCCAGAUGCAGGCAGGAUUCGCUAGUCCGUUUUCACUCUACCUCGAAACUACCUAG